UUCCCAACCCUUGUUUUGCAAUACGUAAAAAUGCGUCUGCUACUUGACAGAAUAUUUUUCAUGUGAUUCUUGAGAAACACAAUUAAUGUAUAAAAUUUAUUAAUAUGGCAGGUUAUAAUUUUAAAAAUAAAAAAGAAGUCGAAGAAUAUCUCAAAAAACUUUAUACGGAAUAUAGUUUUGGUUGUCUCAGUGAAAAAAAUCCAGAAGUGUGUCAUUUACUCGGUGAUUAUAAUGAGGCAAUAUUAAAGAAUAAAGAAAAAAGUGGAGAAAUUUAUAAACAAAAUUGUGAUAAUUUUAAUUUUGCAAGAAGUUGCUACAAAUACGCACGCUAUAAUGUAACUGGUGAAAAGAAUUGUGAGAAAAAUAUGAAAAAAGCUUAUCAAUAUAUGAAAAAAGGUUGUGAAUUUGGUGAUGGUGCAGCGUGUUUAUAUAUGGGUAUGAUGAUUAUUUCAAAGGAUGAUAUUGGAGUUGAAAAAAAUGAAGUCGUCAUCAAAGAAGGACUUGAAAUGAUAAGAAAAGCAUGUUAUGAAAUGAAAGAACCAAGAGGUUGUUCAAUAUUAGGUAAAAUGUAUUUAAAUGGAGUAAAAGAUUUUGUCGCAAAAGAUGAAAAAUCUGCCUAUACUUUAUUUGAAAAAAGUUGUAAUGAUGGUGAUGAUUCGAGCGCGUGUUUUACUCUUGCGCAAAUGCUCGGUCGUGGUAUUGGAGUUGAAAAAAAUAUGGAAUUAGCCCAUAAAUUUAGAAAAAAAGCUGCUGAAAUUGAAGAAGAUAAUAGAAAAAAUUCAGAAAUAAAAUUCCAACAAGGGGCCUUCAUGUAAUUUACUAAUUUAAGUACAGUUGAAAUUUGUCAGAAAGACAGAAAUGCAAAUGCGUUGCAUUUAAUCUUGAAAAAAAACGACUUUUUUCCCAAGAUUUCCAAAAUAAAAUGAUCAACGUGCAUUGACAGAGAUCACCAGAUAAAUUGGUUCCUAUCUAUGUCAAAGUUGUCUUUAAAAUAGUAAAUAAAAAAUAUCGUUUCAGAUAAGAAGAACCUAAAGACACGUAUGUAAAUAGUGAAAAUUGUUCUACUUACGUUGAUUGCAUGUAAGAUAAAAAUAACAAUCGAAUUGUAAAAACGAAAGGUUAUUGGAACUUUUUAUAUUAUUAACAACAAUUAUUCUAUAUUGUUAUUUAAAUAGACAAUAAAUUAGUUCUUGUUUUAAA